ACUCUCUCAUCACUCACCUACCAUGGCUGAUACCGCACCCGCUGCUCCGGCACCCGCCAGCCCCACCAAGGCGAAGAAGCCGAAGGCCGCCAAGACCGGCGCCAAGAAGGUCGUGCCGACGCACCCGCCGACCGCCCAGAUGGUCAACGCCGCCAUCAAGAACCUGAAGGAGCGUGGAGGCUCUUCUCUGCAGGCCAUCAAGAAGUACAUCGCUGCCACGUACAAGAUCGACGCCGAGAAGUUGGCUCCGUUCAUCCGCAAGUACCUCAAGUCUGCCGUCACCGCCGGCAAACUGGUACAGACCAAGGGCAAGGGCGCGUCCGGCUCGUUCAAGCUGAGCGCCGCCGCCCCGAAGAAGGAAAAGGUCGUCAAGCCCAAAAAGCCGGCCGCCGAGAAGAAGGCCAAGAAGCCCAAGAGCCCCAAGAAGACCGCCGUCAAGAAGGUGACCAAGCCAAAGAAGACCGUGGCCGAGAAGAAACCCGCUGCCGCCAAGAAGGUGGUCGCUGCCAAGAAGCCCAAGUCUCCGAAGAAGGACAAGAAGCCCAAGGCCGCCGCCGCCAAGCCCAAGACCCCCAAGGUCAAGAAGGUCGUCGCCAAGAAGCCCGCAGCCAAGAAAGCCGCCCCCAAGAAGGCUGCGGCCAAAAAGGCCUAAGCCACUCGUCAAUUCCUCCCUAAAUCGGCCCUUUUCAGAGCCACCAAAUCUCUCAAAUAAGAGCAAUGCAAGCAAUGGUUAAAAUUUCCCAAGUUGAUAAUUAUUAAAUGAUACUAAUGAUUCCGUAAUUGAUUUUAAAUUCUCUAUCAAAGUAAUGAAGAAGUAAAAUUUAUCGACAUAGGAUGUGUUUAUAUUUAAAAGUAAAAAUUUUUUUUCAAUUUUUUUCAAAUUAAUAUUCUCAGGUCUCCUUCGUUUCAUUAAUUCCCUUGAACUAAAUGGCAAUUUUUUAUUUGUCUUAGCAAAAUAUAUGAAUGACAAAUCUAAUUUACAGCUGAUCUACAUAAACCUUCAAAUUUGACCGCAUCUCUCAUCGCCAUCAAGCACUGAAAGGUUUGCUUAUAUUUUCGACAAUUCUCAUAAGAAUAGAAUAAAAAAAUUAAAUUCUAGCCUUUUACAUCAAUUCAAACCUCCAACCGCUUUCAAUAAAAUCAGAUACGAUCGGAGAAGAUUGGGACGACAUUUAAUUAAAAAUUAUACUAAUUUUCUAGAUUCCACCUGAUGUGAAAAUUGUGAAAUAAUUUGAAUUCAUUUCUCAUAAACAUUGAGCUGGGAAAGGAGUAAUUAAGGCCUCCUUAUUGACAUAGUCAAAUUAAGUCUUUUCAACAAUAGGAAAUAUUUUAUAAAUAAUUGGAAAAUUUAACAAUCAUUGUUGUAAAGACUUGAUUUGACUACGUCAAUAGGGAGUCCUUAACGAGAGCGCUUCUCGGCAGUCGCUUGCUUGAACCACGACAAACGCACGCUUGAA